AAAGCAUGCAUGGAAACCUGAAACCUAUUUCGAAGGUGAAUUUCAAAAGACUUCCUAGAGAGUUCAUCAAGCUGGUCCUAUGAACUAUGGAGAGGGAAGGACACACUGAAUUGGGGCCAGAAACCAAUGACUUGCCAGGGCAGAUGGCUCUGUAGUGGACCUGAUGUAGGUAGUGUCCGGUGGGAAGGAAUAUAGAACAGAGACGGUGGGAGAAGUUACUAGGGAGACAAGAGAAUGCAGCAGAACUGGGGAGUUGAGACAUUUCAGUUGGGCAGUUGGAAGGAAGGAGGGAUGAACUGAAGGGUUGCUGAGAAAUGCAGUUUAAUUCUUAACAGAACCCACGUGGCAAGAGCGUGUAUUUCAGUUUUUACAGCGUAUGUUAUUUUGGGCUGUUUUUACAAUCAGAGCCAUAGGAUUUGAGCUCUGCACUCCGAUUCAAACUCUGACAGUUGCAUUUUGUAGGAAUCAAGAGUUCUGCUUUUUGGAAGGAUCUUGUAUCCUGACAAGUAAGUCAUCAGUAGUUUCAAUACAAUUGAAAACACUUUGGUCCUCUACCAUUUGCGGCUUUAAAUAUGGAAGAUGGGAUUUACUGGUACAAAGAUAGAAUGGCAGCCACCAGUUUCCACACUUUUCAAAGGCAUUAGAUAUAUUCACAGAAAAGACUGUCAAGUCACGGAAAGGCAGGGUGGGUGGUUUUUGCCCUUGAGGAUCCAGGGGAAUUUCUGUUGCUCAUGAGUAGCAGGAGAGAGCUCUUGCCCUCUUGUCCUGACUGUGGACUUCUCUUUGGGUAUCCAUUCUAGGAAACAGGAUGAGGCCUUGGGGCUGAUCCAUCUGGGAUCAUCUUCUUAUUUUGAAGGGUUUCCUUCUGGAGCAUUUGGCUGUUGCCUCCUUUCUUCCAAGCAGAUAGUAUCACAAAGCCAGCAAAGAGCAUCCAGCUAUUGUAAGUUUCAGGGCAGUUGCUCCAGCAUGAUUCCUUUCCCAUUUGCUUUCACUGAGGCAUAACUGUGUCAAUGCUUAAAUACCUGUAGCUUGAACAUGGCGUUCCAACAGUGCAUCGGAAAAAGUGGAUUUCAGUGCCACAAAAGCUCACUCUAAAAUAAAUCAGUUCAUCUUAAAGGUGGCACUUGAUUCCUCCUUUUCACACUGAAACAGACUAAAAAUGACUUUCUCUUUGAAAACCGUUGUCAACUCUGUUGCUUCAAACCAAGGGCUGCUGAAACAGUUCUGCUAGAACCCUGUUGCCACCUACUAUGCAUAUCAAGAAUAGGGAUGGGAAAAGUGUCGACUGUGGAUUGAAUGUGGACUCCAAACCAUAUUUGUACCCAAAUCCCCAAAUCAUGAAAAAUGGCUCACAAAUCUUCCAAAUUGCUGCAAAGCCAUUAAACAAAGUGGCAGUUUGAGUUUUUUCCUGCAAGAAAACUUGAAAACAUAGCAGGCUUUUGGCUGAAAAGCAAAACUGGAACUGAUGUGUUCCCAUCAGACAACUGUUCACCCAAGAGGUAAAUCUUUAGAAAAAGCAGUCAUCUGCUACUCUCUCUCCCCAUCUGCCCCAUAUAAUGACUUCAUUGUCUUGAUCUUUUUUCCAGUCAGCGUCAUCCAUGGCAGAAAAUAUGGAAGAACAGGCAGAUGAAGUGGAAAACAGUGUAGUGAAUCAGUUGUGGGAACCAGUCCUCCAGGGAGGGAAUAUCCCAAGAUGUAUGUACCCUUCCAAGAGCAGAGACUCCCUGGAUGCUUUGGUUAUGGACCUUUAUCACCUUUAGAAAUCUCGGAGCUACAGAGGGUGAGGGUGCGUAACAUUCAGCUGGACCAAGAAAUCCUGGCGUUAAGCAACAGAAUCCGCUUGCUUGACUUAUCUUUGUUACCUGGCUACCAGGAGCAGACUGUAGACGAGUUGAGACAGGUGGAGCAGAAGCUCUUGGAUACCUCUGAGGCCUGUUCGUCUCUUACCUCGCAAUGCGAGCUCAGUGAUCAGAAGACGGAGGAGCUGGAGCUGGAACUGGAGCUAGAGCUGCUCAGGCAGUCCCAAGAGAUACAAGACCAGAGCGGCCUCCAGGAGAAGCUCGCCCAGGAGAAAGCCAGGCUGGCCGAAGCCGAGGAAAAGAUUGCAGAGCUGCAGCAAAAGCUGAAGGAAUCUCACCACCAGAUGCAACUCUGUGAGACCCACAUCUUAGAGAGGAAACAAUUGGAAGAGGAGGUGAAAGAGCUCCGAGAAAAAGAAACGAAGGCUCAGCGGCAGCUUGAAGAGGAGCAGCAGAAAAGAAAAUUCCUGGAUCAGCGAUCGGAAGAACUCCACCAGAAGCUCAGGCUCCAGCAGGAGAAAGAGGUGCAGCUGGUGAAGACAUGUGUGGAGCUGCAAGCUCAAGGGCAGCAGCAGGAAGACCGGUUGCGGGUCUUGGAAGAAGAAAAGAAGACCCUUUUGAAUGAGCAUCUCCACUGCCAAACACACAGCCAGAAGCUCUUGGAGCAGAUCAUCACCUUGCAACGGGAGAAGGAGGCCCUCUUCAAGGAGCUUGUGCACAUCCUCAAGCGGGUGGACAUAGCAGUCAGAAAGCACCAUGAGCAGAGACUCCAGCACAAGGCAAAGCUCCGGCGGGCAAAGGAGAUCUUCAUUUCGGAACUGAAACAGCGCGAUGUCAGCAUCAGGCAUCUUGAAAACAAGCUUCGCUUAUCGAAGCGCCAAUUAGAGAAGAUGUCCACUGUGAAUGGAGAAUUGGUGCAGGAGAGAAGCAAACUUCGGGAGCAGCUCCACGACCUGCAAGAGGCCGAGCGGAGCAACAAAGAGCUUCUCGGCACAAUCCAGAGCAGAGUGCAGUUUUUGGAUGAAGAAAACAAGCAGCAUCACGAACGGCGCCUCCAGCUGGCUACUCAAGUUGGAGAUCUGAAGCGAGCCUUGAGGAAGAUCCACAGGCAGGACUUGGAUGAGAUGAAAAGCAUUGGCUUCGCCGAGUGCCAGCUGCAAAACAAGAUUUUACCCCUUUCCAAUGCAAGCUUUUCGCUGGCGGACCUUUCGGAGUCUCGCAGCUCCCUGAAAGCCAUCCAGGGGGACAGCGCAGGAAAGGCCCAGCUCUCCUCCAUGCUUUUCCCAUCUUCAGAGAUCAGCUACUUGAACAUGGCCUCCUCUGCAGGGGAUCCGGUUGAUCACAAGGGUCAAUUGAGAGAGAUCUUCCUCUCUGGUCACUCGUAAGGAGGCGAAAGCGAAGAGCAAAGCCAUUGCUCCAAGGUCCUGUUAGCCCUGUUUCUCAGACUCUGCAAUGAGAAAACACACCAGUAUCUUCCAAAUGCCUUACUGAAAAGAGUAUUGUUUUUGGACAUGUGUAGUUGUAGCGGUUAGUCUUUUUAACUUGUAUUGGGAUUAAUAAAGAUACACAGAAAUACA